AAACAGAGGAAAAAGAAAAAGAAAAAAAAAAAAACUUUAUUUAUUUGAUUCUGGACAUUUUGGUUCAAGACCCAGAUUCAGCUACAAGCUAAAAUAAGCACAGGAGAGAGAGAGAGAGAGAGAGAGAGAGAGAGAGAGAGAGAGAGAGAUGAAGUUACUGAACUGGAAGCCAUGGUUUCCGCACAAGCAAAAUCAGUUGCUUGUGAAGGUCGCGGUUGGUUUUCUGUUAAUGGGUCUUGCUUUUCGUCUUCUUUUCAUUCGCUCCACAGACAUUUCUCCGGAAAUUGAAACCCCUUUUCCUCAAGAAACCCAUCUCCCUCAGAAAGUUGUCGCUUCAGAACCACCGGCUUCUGUUGACCAAAUGCAGCAAACUGGGCCACCGAAUUCUCUAGAAGUUAAAGAAAAUGAUGAACAGAUACCUCAAAACACAGAUGUUCAGGAAAAUGAAGAACAAAUACCUCAAAAGACAGGAAAAUGUGAUCUUUUUACUGGGGAUUGGGUUCCAAACCCCGCUGGUCCUAUUUACACCAAUAAGAGUUGUCCCUUUAUUGAAGGGCACCAGAAUUGCAUGAGAAAUGGUAGGCCUGAUACAGGGUAUUUGUAUUGGAGGUGGAAUCCAAGAGAUUGUGACUUACCAAAGUUUGAUCCUGAGAGAUUCCUUGAGAUGAUGAGGAACAAAGCAUGGGCAUUGAUUGGCGAUUCAAUAUCUCGCAACCAUGUCCAGUCAUUGCUGUGCAUGCUAUCAACGGUGGAACGACCCAUUGAUGUCUACCAUGACAAGGAAUAUAAGUCCAGAAGAUGGCACUUUCGCACAUAUAAUUUGACUAUCUCUGUUAUUUGGUCUCCUUUUCUUGUAAGAGCUGCCAUCUUCGAAGAUUAUAACGGUGUUUCAACAUCUGAAGUCAAGCUGCAUCUUGACAAACUUGACAGUAAAUGGACCGAUCUUUACCAGAACUUGGACUACAUGAUAAUCUCAACUGGGAAAUGGUUUCUCAAAUCUUCAAUCUACUAUGAGAACAAUGAAGUGGUGGGCUGCCAUUACUGUCCUAAAAGGAACUUCGAGGAGUUGGGUUUCGAUUUUGCUUACCGCAAAGCACUGAGAUUUGUUAUGAACUACAUAGCAACAUCUGGCCACAAAGGCUCAAUUCUCUUUAGGACGUCAACGCCAGAUCAUUUUGAGAACGGGGAGUGGUCUAAUGGUGGGACGUGCAAGAGGACAUCUCCAGCUAAAGAAGGUGAGUUUCAACUGAAGGACAUACACAGGAUUCUGCGUGAUAUCGAAUUGGAAGAAUUCAAGAAUGUAACAGAAAAGGCAUCUGCUAAUGGGGUGAAUCUGAAACUCCUCGAUGUAAACCCGCUUUCGUUGCUAAGGCCUGAUGGGCAUCCGGGUCCCUACAGAGGGUAUCAUCCAUUUGCUCAUGACAAAAAUGCAAAGGUACAGAAUGAUUGUCUGCAUUGGUGCUUACCGGGGCCGAUAGACUUAUGGAAUGAUGUGAUAAUGGAGAUGCUGGUAAAUGGCUAAGAAAAUCAGCCAGGUUGAAUGCCUCACGAAAUGUCCUCUCCAUGUAAAGUGAAAAUUGCAUCUUGGGAUUCUUGUAAAGGGUUACUCUUGCCAUGAUUUUGACAAAUGAUAAAUCCCAACCUUCUAUGCACCAUAAAGUUCAUCACUCUUGUUCAUACAUGCCAUUGCCAGGUUGUUAUUCCCACAAGUGAACCUCUAAGUAUGAAACGGCCUGUCUUUAAUUUUCAUCUCCGCAUGGUGUAGUUAGAAGAUUACAACGAGCUCAUAUGAUGUUAAUUAAAAUUUCAGCCAUCAUUAUUUAAAUUCCCAGACUUUGAUUUUGUUAUUUAUAAAGUGUGCUGUGGUUCCACCUCCAUUUUGUUAGAUGGCCAUGGUGGGUUG